GGUCUGUAUGUAAAUGUCCAAAAAAUAAAUGUUCCCCAUGUUUAGAUAAACACAAGGAAAGCGAGCUUAAUAAAUCCUAUAUAUAAUCAAAGCCCUCUUCUCCCCUCUCCCUCAUUCUCCCCUGCAAUGGAACAAUUCCCCUCCUCCUUCCCCGCCCUGAUCUCCUCCUCCCAAUCCUUCCUCUCCAUCUCCUUCUUCUCCCUCUCCGCCUUCUUCUUCCUCUCCUCCCUCCUCCUCUACCUCCACCGCUCCCUCCCCUGGUGCAACUGCGACAUCUGUACCUCCUACCUCAACUCCGAUUGGUCCGACGAAUUCGACAACCUCUGCGAUUGGUACACUCAUCUCCUCCGGCGAUCUCCGACUGGCACCAUCCACAUCCACGUGCUCGGCAACACCAUCACAUCCAAUCCCGACAACGUCGAAUACAUCCUCAAGACCAAUUUCGACAAUUUCCCCAAAGGGAAAACUUUCUCCUCCAUCCUGGGCGAUCUUCUUGGCAACGGCAUAUUCAACGUCGACGGAGAAACAUGGCACUUUCAGCGAAAAAUGGCGAGCCUUGAGCUCGGCAGCAUAUCCGUUCGCACUUACGCAUUUGAAAUAGUCGCCGGCGAGGUCAGCCACCGUCUUCUUCCCCUCCUCCGUUCAAUCUCCGCAGCUCCCAUCGACCUGCAAGACGUUUUCCGGCGAUUCGCUUUUGAUAACAUAUGCAAAAUCUCCUUUGGGCUCGAUCCGGGCUGUCUCGAUCUCUCCCUUCCAUUAUCGGAGUUCGCGGCGGCGUUUGAUCUCGCCUCCAUGCUCUCCGCCCGGCGAGCGGCGGCGGCGCGGAUCGUGUGGAAGAUCAAGCGGCUGUUCAAUUUGGGAUCGGAAAGGGAGCUCCAGCGAUCGAUUCGUCUGGUGAACAAUCUUGCGGAUGAGAUGAUAAGACAGAGGAGGAAACUAGGGUUCGAUUCCGGCCACGAUUUGCUGUCCCGUUUCAUGGCUUCCGUGGAUGAUCAGAAGUACUUGCGCGACAUUGUGAUCAGCUUCUUGCUCGCCGGGAGGGAUACGGUGGCCUCUGGUUUGACGACCUUCUUCCUCCUCGUAUCCCAACACCCGCACGUGAUUGCCGCCAUUCGUGAAGAGGUGGAGGAGUUCCUCGCCGGCGAGAUUCUCCCGACGAACAAGCAGCUGAGGGGGAUGCAUUACGUUCACGCGGCGCUCUACGAGACUCUGCGCCUCUUUCCACCGAUUCAAUUCGACUCCAAAUUCUGCAGAGAAGAAGAUGUGCUUGCAGACGAAACUUUCGUCAGCAGGGGAACGAGGGUAACCUACCACCCCUACGCCAUGGCUCGAAUGGAAACCAUUUGGGGGGAGGAUUGCCUCAAGUUCAAGCCGGAGAGGUGGCUGCAAAAUGGCAUUUUUACCCCAGCGAACCAGUUUAAAUAUCCAGUCUUUCAGGGCGGGCUUCGGGUUUGCUUGGGGAAGGAGAUGGCUGUCAUGGAGAUGAAGACGGUGAUCGUCGCCAUUCUUCGAGAAUUCAAUAUUGAGCCGAUUGGAUCGGAGGGGUUGAGACCGAAGUUCGCCCCCGGGCUGACGGCGUCGUUGGCCGGCGGAUUGAUGGUUCGAGUGAGUAAGAGAAGAUGAGCGUAGGGGCGGUUGGGGAGAUUGGUGGGAUGUACAGAGAAGAGAUGUACUUGGAAGAUUUUCCAUUCUUAGCAAUUCAACCGAUCCGAAGCCAAAAAAAGAGAAGCUUUUAUGGUUUUGCUGAUUUUGGUU